UUUGUAGUUGACAAGUAACAAUCCGAAGGUCGGUGCUUGUCGGUGCUAAGAGAAGUCUGCUAUUUGGUGGAAUAUUGAUCGUAUCUAGAUUUAUGUAAAUUACGAAUUAAUAAAAGCAAUACAGGACUGGAUAAAUGACGGGAAAUAAUAAUAUGGACGGAGGUGAAAAACUGAGCCCGUUUGUGUAUUGGGCACAAACGAAAAAUCAAUUAAUGCUGAAAAUUGAUUUAAAGGAUGUUAAGCAACCUGACAUCGAAAUUCGGGAUGGCGAUCUGAGGUUUCAAGCGACGGGCAUUGGGGCCCGCGGCAGCAACAAUUACAAAUUCAAAUUGAAUUUAUAUUUGCCGGUUGACGAGUCGAGCUUAUCUUAUAAAUUGCUGGACUCCAAAAUCGACUUGUUCAUAGAGAAAAUCGAGCCCAAUUGGUGGCCUCGGUUAACAGCGCAACCCCAAAAGCCACAUUGGCUCAAAAUAGACUUCGAUCGCUGGACGACCGAAGACGAUCUUGAGGACGAACAACAAAACAGCGCACGCGAUAUAAUGCAAGACUAUCCGGGCAUGUACGAGCAGCUUCAAAAGGAGGAAUAUGGCUACAUCAAAGAGCAAGGCAAAAAGGUCUAUUUGAUAUUUUACAAUCUUGCACAAUUCGUUGGGUAUCUGUAUGUGGUCGUUGUCAUGUCGAUACUGUACUAUCGCGACAGCUACAAGGCGCUUUCGGCAACAUACGAAACUGUUGGAAAUGCAAUGAAGUUCUGCCAGUUGUUGCAAUAUCUGGAAGUUUUGCAUCCAAUGUUUGGAUACACCAAAGGAGGCGUUAUAGUUCCGUUCCUGCAAGUGACCGGUCGUAAUUUCGUCCUGUUUGCCAUGAUAGAAAGCGAGAGCAGGAUGCAAACAAAGCCUGUAGUUUUCUAUUUGUUCUUCAUUUGGUCAAUGAUUGAAGUGAUAAGGUAUCCAUACUACAUCGUGACCUUGCUGAAGCGCAACAUUCCGUUCCUAACUUGGCUACGCUACACCAUGUGGAUCCCUCUUUAUCCGAUGGGAAUCUUAUGCGAGGGAAUAGUCCUACUACGGAACAUACCAUAUUUCCAUGAAACGCAACGAUUCUCGAUAUUCUUGCCGAACAAGUGGAAUUUCAUAUUUUCAAUGCCAGCGUUCAUCAAAGCCUACAUUUUUCUGCUCAUUCUACCCGGGACGUAUCUUGUAAUGACACAUAUGGCCAAGAUACGCGCGAAAAAGCUAUCUACGUCGGCAUCAAAGAAGAAACCAAAUAAAUACCAUGUGAAGUAGUCAGUCAGAGCUUUAUGGAGCCGGUGGAGGGCAACGAUCGAAGGGAGCGGGAUGCGUUCAAGUUAUAUAUAUUCUCUAUUUAUGUCUAAUAAGAGAGGGUGGUGUUUAAAGUUGUAUAAUUCGAUGCGCGAAACAUAGACAAUUUAAUAAUAAAA